AUACUGCUGGCAAUGACACUGUGCCGGCGGUAUUACUCGCGUUACCUCGUAUGCGUUCUCGUCGAUGCGGGUGGCAAUUUGCGGUUGACGCCCAACAAUCGGCGACGGGCGAACGACGUGAGAGCAAGUUUACACAACUAGGAAAAUGGCGAGAUCGACUCAAGGAAGGCGCCGUUAGCACACUUCCAUUCAGGCGCACCGUGGCCGGAUAUCAGCACGUAUCUCUCAAGGCGCGUUUACAUAUCCGACCAAUCAGCGUCCAUAUAACGGACAUGAACCAUUGGCCGCAUUCAGUGGACUCAACAGUUGGGCAACAUUACUAGAUUUUUCGAUGUAACUCGACGCUGAUUGGUCGGACCUGAAAGUAGAAACCAAUCAUAUUCGAUUGCUACUUAGCGGUUGAGUCCGCUGAAUGCGGCCAUUUACUACGUUUGUUAUCGAGCGUAACUAGUAUUGUAGUUUAUGUCCACUUUCUCAGGGGGCGCAUCAGGACAUGCGUCUGCUGAAGCGGGAUGGCCGCUCUCAAAUUUUUCUCUGCCAGAAACCGAGAUUUUGGCCCGAUUUCGAGCAUAACAUAAGCUUGACUUACCUUGUGAUUAUUUUGUUUACAUUAUAGUGUUUAUGAUUAUUUGUAUAAAAUCUUACACAAUUUAAUUGAAAAAAAAAUAGGGGAAAAUAAUGUCAGACGAUAUAAAGGUCUUGCUGAAGGACGCUCGUGAAUCUUUCAAACAGAAUGAAUAUCUGGAGACUAUGAAGAAAUGCAAAAAGAUUUUAAAGAAAGAUAAAAACAAUUAUGUGGCAUUAAUUUUGUUAGCUCGUGCUAUGCAGGAAAUAGAAGAAUUCAAAGCGCAGGUAGUCUUAGUUCUUCAAAAAGCUGUGGAGGUACAACCAAAUAAUCCAUUAGCUUGGCAAGGUCUAGUAGCAUAUUAUGAAAAAGUGCCUCAAGAUAAUGACAACUGGAAAAAGCUGGCUUCAGCUUAUUGCAAACUUUUACAAUUGGAUAGUGACUCUUCUAAAUUUACAUAUUUUAUCAAUAAAGUCUCAGAAAUUGUCCUGAGAAUCAAAGAUGAUGAAAUAUUAUUCGAAGUAUUAGAUACAUUGAGUGUGUUACGAAAAAUUUCUAACAAAGAGAAGACAAGUCUGAUUGAUAAGACUCUAGCAUGGGUUUUAACAGAAUAUCCUAAUAGUAGUAUAACCAAGUAUCAGGAGUUUUAUGAAGAUAUACUAGCAUCUGUAGUAAAAGAUACAGAUCUAUUGAAUAGACAAGAAUAUUAUAGAAAAUAUUUAAAGAUGUUAUAUGACUCCAAUAAAUUUGCUCUCUUAUUAACGGCAGCUCAGGAUAUGCAUGCUCAGUUCCCACAGGAUACUUGUCCUCUAGAAUGGAUUUGUUGUAUCUAUUAUCAAGAGGCUAUAUUAAAUGAAAAAGACCUCAACAUUAAUAUAACUCAGAUUUAUGAGUCUCUUUUAAAAUUGAAUGCAAAUUCUGAGGCUGCAUUAAUUGCAAAGGCAAUAUAUUUGAAGAGCAUGGAUAAGCUAAUCAAUUCUCGCGAGUGUUUAAAUCAAAUAAUUUCAUUAAAUUCACAAUUAUUCUAUGCAUGGUUAGUAUUAAGCCAAAUAUAUUAUAAACUUUAUUGCUGGGAACAAACUGAGAAUGCUUCCAAACAAGCAUUACAAUUAAUGAAACCUCACUUGAAAGACAAAUUGUACCAUAAAGUUAAAUUGAGAUUACUUGAAGCAAUGAGUAGAAGUAACAACAAACAAAAGUUGAUACAAACACAACAGAUGUGCGAAGAGCUGUUAAAAACCGAAUCUUCUGUACAAUUGCAAUUGAUAUAUGCACGGACAAAUGCUUCAUUGGAUAAACCUGAUGCUAUUGCUGUAUUAAGCAACUUAGAGUCUCAAGAUGAAGUUAAAAUUCAAGUUCUUAUACUAAAAGCACUAUACCUAAAGAAACACAAGCAAUAUGAAGAAGCUAUUAAUAUUCUUGAGAUAGCUUUAAAUAAUUCUGAAGCUUGGUUGACAUUUGGUAAAAUAUACUGGGAUAUGGGAGAUUAUAAUCAUAGUCUGAUGGCUUUCUUAAAUGGUGUCCAAGCAGAUCGUAAUAAUUGGGAAUGCAUGGUUUAUUUGGGACAUUAUUAUCGCGAACAUGGCAAUGAUGUCGAACGUUCGAGAAGAUGUUACCACACUGCAUUACAAAUCAAUCCGAAUUCUGAGGAAGCUGGCAUUGGACUGAGUACAGCUUAUCGACUUCUGAAAAACACUGAUGCCAAUAUACAUCUAUUGCAAAGAGUAACUAUGCAACAAGGUACAGGAGCGAAAUGGGCCUGGCUCCAAUUGGGUCUACAACAUUUAGAUCAAGGCGAUGCAACUGAAGCUAUCAAGGCAUUACAGCAUGUAAUCAGAGCUGAUCCUAACGACAAUCAUAGCUGGGAAUCUCUGGCGGAUGCUUAUUUAGUGCGCGGUGCUCACACAUCGGCAUUGAAAUCGUAUCAACGUGCGUUACAGCUGAGUCCAGGAGCCUUGUAUCCUAUGAUACAACUCGCUAACAUCAAACUGCUCAUUGGUCAGCAUAAAGAAGCUAAAGAGGAUUUUGAGAAUAUAUUAGAAAACGAUAAAAAAUAUAUUCUUGCUUUAAAAGGUUUAGCUCAAGCAUGUUUAGGUCUAGCAAAAGAAAAUAUCGCAAAACAUUUUCUAUGUCGUGCAAGAGAAAAUCUACAACAAGCGGUAGAUAAUUUGACAGAAGCUAUUAUGAUACGUAGUGAUCUGUCCUGCAAUUGGAAAUUGCUUGGCGAUGUCUGUUUUAGAACAGCCGGUUUGCCAGAAAAGUAUUGCUAUUUAAGAAUCAAAUCUAUUUUAAUGAAAUUCGAUAGUGCCGAGGAGUAUAUGAAAAUUAGAGGAAAUGAAAUACUCACGUUAUCAAUAAGAUGCUUUUGUCGAGCGUUGUCGACCGCGGAAAAUUCUUCAUUGUUAUGGCACGAUUUAGCAUGCUGUUACUUGAUGCAAUUGGACCGCGAUUAUACAGUCAAUAAAGACGAUACAGCAGCCAAAUGUCUUGCUGCUGCAAAACAUGCCAUCAGACUCUGUCCACAGUCGUGGUUACACUGGAACAUUUUGGGUGUUAUUUGCAUGUCACCAUAUAUAAAGAAUUAUGCUCUGGCCCAGCAUUGCUUCGUUAUGGCGAUUGAUCAAGAAUCAAACAAUGCAAUAGCUUGGAGCAAUCUGGCCACAUUGUACCUACAUCUAGGAGAGACUCAUAGAGCGAAUAAAGCAUACUCUCGAGCGCAACGUGCGGAUCCCGGUUAUAUGAAUAGUUGGAUAGGCCAAGGAAUAAUCGCGGAAAACUCGGAGAAAGUCGAUCCGCAGGAAAGGAUGGAUCUUUUCCGACAUUCAACACAAUUGGGUUAUCACAACGAAGCGGCUUUAGGCUAUGCUCACUGGGUACUUACUACUCUUUUAGAUCCUAUAAUGAAGAGAGAUCCAUUAUUUGUUUACGUUAUCGAAAACAUGCACGCGAUACCUGCAGCAGCCGAUGUUCUCACUUGGUAUACAGAAUAUGUACCGAACGACGUUUAUGCUCUAAAUACUCACGGUCUGUUGUUGGAACGACUGAGAUUGUAUAAUACGGCGGUUAAGCAAUUUGUCAAAGCUUUAAAACUGAGUCAGGAUGAAAAAAGAGACAUGAUAUCCAUAAAUUUGGCACGUGUUUUGAUUCAAAUCGGAAAACACGAGGAAGCGAUCGAGUUAUGUAGACAAGUGAAAUGUGGAAGUUUCAAUUCUCAAUGCCAUUUGGCAUUAUCGUUAUUUAAAGCCAAGCAAUAUGAAGAAUCGUACAAUACGUAUGAAGCAGCUCUACAUUGGCUAGCAGACACCGAAACGCACAAAGCGAAUAUUUUAUGCGCGAUGGCCGCGAUUGCUUAUAUUUUUCAAGGAGCGGACGCUGUCAAGACUCUAUUGUUCCAAUGCAUAGAUAUAAAACCGCCCAUCAUAGCUGGUUUCUUAGCUAUCGUUGCUUUAGGAAUUUUACAUGAUGAUUCCAAUAUGACCUCUUUAGUGUUAGAGGAAUUGAAACCAUACAUAGAUGACCACGAGUAUGGUCAUCAUGUUGUCACAUUGUUCGCAUAUUAUCAAAUUAUUCAAGGAAAUCUCACGGAAGCUAUCCGAAUUUUCUCUAAAGCUAUCUUCAGACAUCCUAAUGACAUUAGGUAUUGGAUUCGUCUCGUUAGAGUCUCAUUGUUGAAUACAGAUUUGGACAUCUUUCGUAAAUGUGCUCAGACAGCAUUGGUUUUAAGCAGAAAUACAUCCAUGACUGAUAUUGUAUAUGUUGCUUGUGCCUCCGCAUAUAGUCAUUUCGGUACGACAAAGGGUCUUAGACAGGCUCAGAAAAAUAUAUUUACAUAUCCGGCCAACGUUGAGAGCUGGGCUAAUUUUAUUGCUACUCUUCUACCUAGAUGUACAGACAAGGAUUCCAAGAAUAAUAAUCAAUGGAUAUCGUCAUUAAUAUCUGUGAUAAAAUCACAAUUCCAAACUUCUGACUAUAUGUCACAAUGGCUUCAUAAUAUACAAAAACUUAUUUCUUAAGCUAAAACUUAGGUGUGCAUUCUUUUUUUGAUUCAUUGUAAAAAUAUAUUUUGUAAGCAUUAUUGUGUAUAAUA